UUUACACGUAGCCCCGCCUCGCCACAAACACGAUUCCAUCUAAGCUCAUUCUCCCGAAAUUGUAUGUAGAUGUUCGUGUUUGCUGCACAUCUAGUUUCACAGAAGACAACCUCGAUGCCAGGGAUUUUUCCAACUGAUGAUCAAUCAUUUACAGCCGCCAUUUCCUCUCUGUAGACCAAGCUAAUAGGAGAUCAGUUACCGGAGGCUAAUUAGAGCAACAACUGACCUUUUUGUUUCUUUAGAAAACCACUAAAGAAAACUUCCCACUGUGGUCUGGACAUUCAUUAAAUUCUACAGUUUUACAAACCUCUGUUUUAGCAAACCUAAAGAAUCACAAGCUGUAUUAUAUGGCUGCAAGACUACCGUGAUCCAUCUGAUGGUGAAAAUAAAGCUCUGACUGGGCUUUAUGUCUGCUUUCAGAAGCAUGAGAUCUCCUGCAGAAUUACAUCCUCCAAUAUCUGCUGAUACUCAUGACCAAUUUGUCUCUAACAAAGAGGCAGACUGCAGUCCGGAAGAACCAGAAGAACUACGGCUCAAAACGAAACUGGAGGAACCAAAGACUCCACAGAUUAAAGAGGAAGAGGAUGACCGUUUCCUCCAGCAGGAUCGCCUACAACUGGACCUGAAGCAAGAGACUGAGACUUCUGAUGAAACAUCGUCCGAAGAGGAAACGGACGACAGUGAUUCCGGCCUAAAUGAGAAUGAGCUCUUCUAUGGGAGUCAUGUUAAGGCUGAGAACAAAGAUCAGGAAAUGUGUGAUAAAAACGUGUCUCACUGCUGCGACGUUUGUGGGAAAGAGUUCAGGAAAAAAAAUCAUUUAACUGAUCAUAUGAGGACGCACACAGGUGAGAAGCCCUUCCUAUGCGGCGUCUGUGGCAAAAGCUUUGCUCGCAAAUAUGGACUAAAUAGCCACAUGAAAACUCACACGGGAGAGAGAUCGUUCUCCUGCGAAAUGUGCGGGAAAGCCUUUAGGGACAACGGACAGCUGAAUAUUCACAUCAGAACGCACACUGGAGAGAGGCCAUAUUCUUGUGGUUUCUGUGGUAGAAAUUUCAGUCAGAGUGGUCAUUUGAGGGAUCAUAUGAGGAUUCAUAUAGGUAAGAAGCCAUUCCAGUGCAGGAUCUGUGGCAAAACCUUCAUUAGGAAGAACUCUCUGAAAUGUCAUACUGUAACUCACACUGGGGAGAAGCCCCAUACCUGUGAGCUAUGCGGCAAGUCUUAUGGCGUUCGUGCUAAUUUGACGACUCACAUGAAGACACACAGGGGCGAAAGGCCUUUCACGUGUCUGAUCUGUAAGAAAAGUUUCAUUACAAAGUCAGCUUUGAAUAGCCACUUGAGCACCCACUCCUCUGAGAAGCCUUUUUCAUGUCCGACUUGCGGAAAAAGCUUCAGGGAGAAGACCUUUAUGACAGUUCACAUGAAAACGCACACAGAAGAGAAGCCUUUCCCCUGUCCCAUAUGUGGCAAAAGGUUCAGCCAAAGAAGGUAUUUGACCAAACACAAAAGGGGGCACCUGGAGGACAAGCCAUAUACCUGUGAAGUAUGCAGUAAAGGCUUCUGUCAGAGUUGUGAUUUGGCCUCUCAUAUGAGAACUCACACAGGAGAGAAGCCUUUUCCAUGUCUGACCUGCGGAAAAAGUUUUGGGAAAAAGAGUAAUUUAACUAUGCACAUUAGAACUCACACGGGGGAGCGGCCCUUCCCUUGUCCGACGUGUGGAAAAGGUUUCAGAGAAAGAACAUCUUUGAACAGACACAUGGAAACUCAGCACCCCUGAGAAAGUAUAAUUUCUGAAAUGGUGGCAGUUUGACUUCCAUGUCUCCUUUGAGUUUAGCUCAAUGUUUAUAAUCUGCAAUCAGGAGGAAAAAAA